GAAAAUGAUUAAAUAUCUUAUAAAUUAACUAAAUAAAAGAAAAUCCGUUAAGAUGGCAUUGUUCAUGAAACAGGACUUCAAUCCUCCCAUGUUAUCAAGACGAUGGAUUGCAAUAAAAUUCAGACCAAAUAUGCUCUUAUACAGCCGGGAGCACAUCAUAUCGAUCCUCGAAAGCGGUCUCCUGUUCCGAGAGGACAGCGUAGAAGUGGAACAGGAAGCCCCCGCGGCGGAAGCGCUGUGGGGACGCGCGGGGGGCACAAAGGGGGGCUGGUUCACGCAAGGGGAGCGGAAUCUAGCUCUGCUGGCUACUCUGGUACUCGUUGCAGCCGCACCUCCUAGAACUUUCCAACGCUGCACGCUGCUCAAGCUGGCCGGGUACGCGGCCGUGCCCGUCGCGUUGCGCGCGGCGCACCGCCUGCAGUGUCGCGGGGCGCUCAGGGCGCUGCUGCCGCUCAUGCGCGACUACACGGCGCUCGUGCGGCGCGCCACGGCCUGCUGCCGGGAAUACGCGACCUUGCACGCCCGACUUACCUCAGUAACAGCAGUGAUAGAGUCGAUGCGCACAAUGUUGGGUCGACAACAGUCUGAGCUGUUGAUUUUGAUGUCGCGAGCGACAUCCUCACUGCUGGGGAACGUGCCGUGGCUGCACGGAGACGUGGCUUGCGAAUUCGAAAGUGAAAACCUAAUGAAAAUCCAUCACGCCUUCCUAGUUGUCCAAUCGACACUAUUGAAGUACAUUGCGAUGGCACACGUCAUCCCAUCUGCGCAUGCGCAGAAAAUAUACAAAAACCACAACGAGAGGAUCCAUUGGAUCCAUAAUAUUCUAAUUCAACACCUAGUCCAAGAAUUUAAGGAGAAUUAUGAAGCAUUAGAACGAAUGUACAGAUUAUUAAAGAAUUACGGCGCGAAGGACAGCGAUAGUGCACUGAAAAAACCAGGUUCAGCCAUAAAUGAUACGUGGUUGUACUCAGACGUACAUACAGGCAUAGCUAGGUCAUGUCUAGAACUGAAACUGGCCCUCGAGAGGUGUAGCCACCUCGAUAUGUUCCUGGAUUCGUGCGCGAUGAAUAAACAGGAGAUAAGCCUGGACGUCCUAGAUAAAGAUAUAGAUGAAAUUAUAGAUAACAUCACGAAAUGUCUAUCUACAGUUCAGAAUUCACAAAUAAGAUUGAAGAAGAUGAAGAACAAGCUACGCGUCGACGAUGAAGAAGUUAAAAUUGAAGAUAAAGAAUAUGAGGAAGCGAAUAUUUUAAAAAUCGAAGACAAGGAACCGGUUAUACGUGAUGAAGUUUUCUAUUUCGUCAAAACGGAGGAUGAAAGCGUUCCAGCAACACUCGGUGAUAUAGUAACGGGUCCAGGUUUAAAAGAAAAGGAGACGUCGAAAGUAGUUUUAAAGGAGUUACAAAGGAAAUUGGUGAAAAGAGAAGAUAUGAUGAGAGAAAGAGAGAGGCAGGCGUUAGCGAAGACGAUGCCAGAGCUGAAAAACAUACCAGAAUUCCCAAGACAAAUCAAAUAUGAGGAGUUCUUAGAGCGCAAAGGUUUUAUAUCGAAGAUAAAGAGACGAAGAACAAUGAAAAAACUAUUUAAGAAAUAUGAAAUAACGAAACGCAACGAUAAAAGGAAAAAAUUAGGUGAUUUCGAAUUAAGAAUCGAUAAAUAUGAAACAGAAAACGAUAUUACGAAUGAUAUCUUCAAAACUACAGACGAAUUUAAAGUUAAAACUCAACUUUUAACAAUAUCAAAGACAAAAAAAUCAUUUUUAGUAACGAAAUGGCUUGAAAGUAUCACCAAAGACACUAAUGGUCUGGAAUCGAGCGGUCUCUCCGACGGCCUAAGCGAUGUCGAAGCUAGCGCAGAAAACAGACAAGUAAUAAAUAAUAACAGAAACACUAUCGACACAAAGAAUUACAGAUUUACAAGGAAAGAUCUAGAACUAUCUCCGUCGUCGUCCGAAAGCGACUUCGAUCAUUUGUACAACGAGAGAAUUUCAAUACUGAACGACGUCAGACGCUAUCGAGCGGUUAGGAAGAAGAAUGUACCAGCGAAAAGAUUGUCCGUAGACAAUGUAGAUGAAAGCUUGAAGCCCAUAGAGUAUAGCUUCGGUACUGGCUUGGCAAUGGCUUCCGUGCUACAGAUAAAUAAUAACGCUAAACUACCGAAUAUGAUCCAAGAAGAGGUUUUCAUCGGAGAUGGAGAAGUGUCCGAAGACAGUGGAAAUGAUGAAGAUGCUUAGUUCAGCAAGUCUUCUAUAAAAAACGGAAGUCGAUUUACGGUGCUACGCUAUUUUGAUACGUAUUAUCUUAAAGUAACGCUGAAGGCAAUGGCGCGAAUGACUUUUUAAAAGUUCACGGUUCGAGUUGAGAUACAUAUAAUUUAAGGCCUA